UAUUACAUAAAUACAAUGAAAAUUACCCUAGCAGCACGACAUGCGAAUGGAUUUAAGUAAAGUGGUAGACUCGACUUCGCCAGUCUAUAAACGGGCAUCACCAUUCACGUGUACUUUACGCACGUGUGUUUUGACUUCAGACUUUCAGUUAGAAAUUAAACAUACGAAAGGUUUUAUUUUCGUAAAAAGAAAUUGAUCAUGAAAUAAACUGAUGGAUUAAUGUAAAGAAAUAUACUUAUUAUUUGAGCCGUGCCAUGAGAAAAUCAACAUAAAAUUUUUACAAGUCGUAGUCAGUGUAACUCAAUGUGAUGGGGUGCUCAGGAAGUACUACUGCUGGUGGUGCAGGAAACGUCGACCGGAACACUUACCACGAAAGGCACCCAGGGGUACAUAAUAAACCGACGGGCGGAAUUGAGUCUGAGGUCACAGACAGAACAAAACCAUUUCCUGCCGACGACAAAACUUUAAUCGAGGUAUCUAAGGUAGAUCUUGCCGUCAAAAGUAAUGCAAAAGCUCAUCAUACGGACGAAUAUGAUAUCACUGAGACACAAGACAGACUCGUCAUUCGUAGAGGUCAGGAGUUUAACAUCAAUGUCGAAUUUAACAGACCAUAUGAUUCGAACAAAGACGACCUGAGAAUUGUGUUUCAGUUCGGAAAUUAUCCAAAACCGUCGAGAGGUACCCAUGCAGAAUUUAUACUAUCCGACCGAGAUGUUCCGAAAGAAUGGGGCGCUUAUAUCAAAACAAAAGAAGGGAAUUCCCUUAGCCUCGUGAUGAAUACUCCCCCGACAUGCGCAGUUGGAAAAUGGUCUUUAAAGAUAGAUGUUGUGAAACGGUCAGAGAACAAUGUUGAAGUUUUCCGAUACAAGCAUCCUUCGGAUAUUUAUAUCCUUUUUAACCCAUGGUGUAGAGAUGAUCUUGUAUACAUGAUUGAUGAGAAACUACUUGGCGAAUAUAUCCUAAAAGAAACCGGGUACAUAUACGCAGGUAGCGCCGACAGGAUCUCGCCAAAACCCUGGGCAUAUAGCCAGUUUGAGGGAGUUGUGUUAGACUGUGCGAUACAAUUACUCGACAGAUCUUAUCUUCCCGAUCAUUUAAGAUGGAAUCCGAUUAUGGUUGUAAGGAUAGUUUCAAAGAUGGUUAAUGCUCAGGAUGAUGGCGGCGUUCUUGUAGGAAACUGGAGUAGCAAGUAUGAUGGCGGUACUUCGCCGCUAGACUGGACCGGAAGUGAAGCCAUUUUGGAACAGUAUUACACGACGGGACGGUCUGUAUCAUAUGGGCAAUGUUGGGUGUUCUCCGGAGUUGUAACUACAGUAUGCAGGGCUCUGGGUAUACCCACAAGAAGUGUUACAAACUUUUCGUCUGCGCAUGAUACUGAAGGAAGCAUUACGAUAGAUUAUCAUUUUGAUCAUAAAGGAAACUAUUCAAAGGAAUUAACUGACGAUUCUGUGUGGAACUUUCAUGUUUGGAACGACGUAUGGCUUGCGCGGCCAGAUUUGCCGCCGGGAUACGGAGGAUGGCAAGCAAUUGAUGCUACACCACAAGAAACAAGCGACGGUGUAUAUUGCAUGGGACCAAUGUCCAUCUUUGCUGUCAAACGGGGAGAAGUAUUGCAUCCAUACGACGGACAGUUUCUCUUUGCCGAAGUCAAUGCUGAUAAGGUCUACUGGAAACAUGAAGAAGAUGGCACAAAGAACGUGAUUAGAGUAAAGAAAUAUGGUGUUGGUCAGUAUAUCAGUACCAAGCUAGCAAAUAAACCAGAAAGAGAGGAUGUCACGGACCAGUAUAAAUUUAGGGAAGGUACUGAGGAGGAAAGGGCUGCUGUCAGACAAGCUAAUCUUGCGUCAACAAGGCCUGGUGUUUAUGAAUCAAAAGCGGAGGAUGUAGAGUUUUACUUGAAACCCAAUCAUGACAUAUUCAUGGGCGAUACGAUUAAGUUUUCCCUGGUGUUGAAAAAUACGAGUGACAACAAGAGAACUGUACACGGUCACCUCACGUUAUCAAGCACGACUUACACUGGCGUCUUACACCAAAAGAUCAGAGAUCGUAAUAUUGAUAAAACAAUACUCCAACCUAAGGAGGAGGAGAGUAUAGACAUGGAAGUGGAAGUUAAUGAAUAUCUUGACAAGUUGACAGACCACUGUAUCUGCAAGAUAGCUUGUAUGUGCAUAGUGGAUGAGACAAAACAAACGUUUGCUGACAUGGAGGAACUUAGACUGCGAAAACCCCAUCUCGCCAUCAAGGCACCGCAGACAUGCAAACUGGGACAGACAUUCGAAGCUGAAGUUUCGUUCGCGAAUCCAUUGCCUGUCCCUUUAACCAAAUGUACAUUACGUGUUGAAGGACCCGGUCUUCAAAGGCCCGUAAUCUACAAACAACCAAAUGUUGAUGCCAAGGCGAAGUACAGUGGUAAAUUCGAAAUGACUCCCAAAAAGCGAGGAACAAGGGACAUAAUUGUGUAUUUCAACUGUGAUCAGAUUAAUUCAGUGAAUGUAUCCCAUGAGAUUAAUAUCAAUUAGAACGCAAUUAGUAGAAACAGAAUUUCCAAAAAAAUAAAAGGAAAAAAAGAAUAAAAACCGAACACAUAUUUGAACUACAAGGGCCUACAUGAUAAGGGCUCAAAAUCUGAAUUAACCAUUCCAUUUAUUUUGUAUUUUUAUAACAUUCUUUUGCUCACUUAUUUAUGAAAGUUUGAUAUUUUAAUAUGCCUAUUUUAUCCUUGUGCUUGAUUUUAAAGCUGUGUUGUGCCAUAUUUUUCACAUAUCACAUUAUUUACACCCCAAGCGAAGAAUACCAUAGUCUUCUUCACAUCCUUGACAUGAAAGAAAUGCGAAUGGCAUAAAAAGGGGUUUACAGCAAAUAACAAUUUUCAUAAGAUUUGUUCUUCAUAGAUGAGUGUGUGGUAUUUUUAACCUAUUAACUAAAUCAAACAUGUUAAAAUCUGCAGGCGACUUGCUCGUGUUUUUCGUGAGAAACUGCUAUGAACCUGAAAGACGAUAAUCAUCUUACAUAUUUUUUUUGUAUCAAAUAUAUAAUCAUUUACAUGUAUUUAGUUUUAAUGAAUUUUCUAGAUUUACUGUUUUGUUUUAGACGUGCAUUUCUGUCUGUUUACCCUUUAUAUAUAUAUUUUUUAUAUGAUUCUGCUGGGAAAAAAUGUAUACCUAUAUAUAAAAUUGUGUU